AUGACUAUCUUCAUUGCUUCGCUCUUCCUCCCAUACACGGUCAACUUCCAUCUGGACAAGUCUGCCAAAACAUCCCAUGGCAGCCCAAAGGCAAAGUCACCCAAGGGAUCUCCCAAACGCAAUGGGCUCUCGGCCGCCGCAAGUCUCUUCCCGAAAAGCGACGAUGACGCCAUAAAGAAAGCAAUGACACCCGGAGCGACCACCGACUAUGAAUAUAUCUUCACCAAUCCGCGUGCAAAACUCGAGCCGCUCAACGAAUACCCGUUCCCUAUAGCCUCUAAUGGCCAAGUCAAUAUCUUGUCGCAGAGCGAGGCUCAUUCGCCUGCAUGGGGUUCGACUCUUACAUUCAACCAGCCUCGCCCGAUGAAUGUGACGCUUCCAUCUCCUUCGAUUUUGAAACACCAAGAACCAAUUCCCGCUGCGGUGCCUCAAGUCAUUGAGAAGCCAAAACAACCCACCAUGGGCAUUGAAAGCCAGAAAGCUCAGGAACAGAUCAUGCGCUCAGUUGCCGCCCAUUCGUUUUCCGAUGCCGAUUGGACCAUCGAAUCUGCCGAACAGGGAAACCCUGGUCUACGCAAUGCGGUUCGCUCAUUUUCUGAUCCUGACUUGGACGACACUAUAUGGGUUGGUACUUUAGGUAUGCCAACGGAUGCGCUGGAUACUCAUAUCAAGUCAGAAAUUGCCGAAACAUUGGAGGAUAAAUACUCAUCUCUAGCCGUCUAUGUGAGCGAUACUGAUUUUGACGGACAUUAUUCUCACUUUUGCAAGACUAUUUUGUGGCCUGUGUUUCAUUACCAAAUUCCGGAUAACCCAAAGAGCAAAGCAUACGAAGAUCAUUCUUGGGUCUAUUAUGUAAAGCUCAACGAGGCUUUUGCUCAGCGCAUUGCCAAGAACUGGCGACGAGGUGAUGCCAUCUGGGUACAUGAUUACCAUUUGCUGCUGGUUCCUGCAAUGCUUCGCAAGCUGUUGCCGGAUGCGCAAAUCGGCUUCUUCCUACACGUCGCUUUCCCGUCUUCAGAGGUCUUUAGAUGUUUGGCGCCACGCAAGGAACUUCUCGAAGGUGUGCUAGGCGCAGAUCUUAUUGGAUUCCAGAUUGAUGAAUACUGCCGUCACUUCUUACAGACUUGCAGUCGAAUCUUGUGUGUCGAGGCUAGAAAGGAUGGUGUACAAUUGGAGGAUCGAUUUGUGAACGUGGGCAAGUUUCCAAUUGGUAUUGACCCAACGUCGUGGGAUGAAAGACGCCGCAGUCAUGACGUUGAACACUGGAUCAAGAUUAUUUCAGAAAAGUACGAGGGCAAGCGAUUGAUUGUUUCGAGAGACAAACUUGAUUCAAUCCGAGGUGUUCGACAGAAACUUUUGAGUUAUGAGCUUUUCUUGAACACAUAUCCCGAGUUCCGCGAUCAGGUUGUGCUCAUUCAAGUUGCUUCAUCUACCAACGAACAAGCAGAGUUGGAUACCUUAGUCUCCGAUAUUGCGAUGCGAAUCAAUUCGACACACUCAACACUAGCCCACCAGCCACUAGUGUUUUUGAAGCAAGAUCUCAGCUUUGCGCAAUACCUCGCUUUGAUUACAGUAGCCGAUGCGCUCAUGGUGACGAGUCUAAGAGAGGGUAUGAACCUUACCAGCCACGAAUUUGUUUAUUGUCAAGACGGAAAAUACGGUCCCAAGGCUCAUGGCCCACUAAUUUUGAGCGAAUUUACUGGAAGUGCGUCCAUCUUUGAUGGGCAUGCUCUACUCGUCAACCCAUGGGAUUACCGCCAGUGCGCAGAAGCUAUUCAUACUGCACUUACACUCACUGACUCUGAAAAGGAAGUCAUGUGGCAGAAGCUGUACGACGCAGUGCUGCAGAAUUCUACUACUAAUUGGGUCAAGUCUUUCCGGGAAGCAUUAUCCAAGGUAUGGGACGAGCAUUCUUCUCGUGAGACCAUGGCAGUGCCACGGCUGUCAGUCCCGCGGCUAGAAGAGGCAUACCGCAAUUCCGAACGUCGACUUCUCAUUCUCGACUAUGAAGGUACCCUAGCAUCUUGGGGUUCGCCAACCAGUAUUAUCUUGACAACCCCUCAACGAGCUUUGACAACUCUUACUGAUCUACUUGAGGAUCCUAAAAACAUUGUCUAUGUGAUGAGUGCCAGGCGACCCGAAGAGAUGGAACGGCUGUUCCGUCAGGUUUCAGGACUAGGACUGAUUGCUGAGAAUGGAUGCUUUAUUCGCGAGCCGUCCAAGGAUAGCUGGAUCAAACUCAACGAAGAAAACCACACCAGGGAAUGGAAGGCUGGCACAAAAGGAAUUCUGAACUAUUUCCGAGAAAGAACAGAAAAUAGCUGGAUAGAGGAGUUGCAUUGCUCGCUCGUGUUCCAUUAUGGUGAGGCAGAAGAUAAGCUUGCUGCGGCUCGUCAAGCGUCCGAGUGUGCCGACCACAUCAAUGACGCAUGUGCGAGUCAGGGAGUGCAUGUUAUUCCAGUCGACGGCGCAUUGAUCAUUCAGUCUUCCAGAACAAACAAGGCGAGUGCGGCGGAGCUUGUAUGGCGGUAUAGCAUCCAGCGCGGAAAAGAAGGAGGCUAUACAGGUCAACCUGAUUUCUUAUUUGUGGCUGGAGAUAGUCGUGAGGAUGAAGUUGUCUUCCGCUGGGCGAACAAAUUAGCAGAAUCCAAGGCUGUCAAGAAUUGCAUGACGGUGACAUUGGGCUCGAGGAGUACAGAAGCCAAGGCAACGCUGACUCAGGGAGUAACAGGUGUUUUGUCCUGUCUCCAGCGACUUGCCGCGUCUUCUCAGUCUUAG